UCCACUAUGGACGAGGUGUCAUCACAGGCGUCAAAUCUGUCCAGGCCCAGUGCCAAGUCAAUUUACUUGCAAAGGAAGGAGUAUGUUGCAUCAAUAAACAAGAUGAUGAACAAAUUGCAGUACAGAGUGGAGCACUUGUUCACUUGUGACCUGGAUGGGAAGGAGUUGAGAAGCAUAGCUGACUGUGUGGAGCGACUGAAGCUGUUGGAUGGGAUGGGUCGUGUGUGGGGUCAGAGCAUGCUGCUGGAGGUGAGCGGUGCUAAACUGCUGCUCACAGACAAUGAAACCAAGGAGGAGCUUGAUUCCAUGGCUCUCGGUGAAAUCCUAGAGCUAAAGGCUGUGCUGGACGCUGGAGUGUUUGACUCCCUACUCACAGUGUCAGUCCAGCCCAGGAGAAAACACACCACCACCGUCUUCAUGUUUCAGUGUGAGGAUGUAAGGGCUGACUAUGUUCAAAAGGAUCUGUCACGAGCACUGUCACACAGGAAAGAGGAUUCAAUCAUUAACAAGGGACAUGAGGGAAUGAACAGCCUUCAUAACAUUGCAAAAUCUUCUGAACCUAAAGAGCAGAAGCCUGCAGUUGACUCAGUGCCCCAAUGGAUGCCUCCAUACUAUGAGGAGGAUGAAGUCCCUGAGCCUCAGCUGGUUGUACCUGAGGAAGAGGAGGAGGAUGAGACCUCAACUCUCAGAGACGAGGUACCAUCGCUGCAGCAUUUCACCACUGAAGAAGAACCUCUGUCUCCUCCUCCUGCAUACACAGAGCUGGACAGGAAUGUAGACAUCUUGAAUCAUAUUGUAAGUGACAUAGAAAUCUUCAUGGGACAGGUAGCUGCAAUAGUAGCUAAAAAUGCAAAGAAAAAGAAGAAAAAGAAAAAAGGAAAAGCGAUGGACGGCAUGCCCCCUGCGGCAGAAUUUGCAGCGUGUCUCCAUAAGAUCAAAUGUGGUUUCAACCUUCUGGGGGAGCUCAAUGGAAAUAUUCAUAAUCCCAGUGCUCCUGAAUUUGUUCACUCCUUGUUCACCACAUUAGCAUUCGUGGUAUCUCACUGCCCUGAGGAUCUGCCACAGACCAUUGUGGCGCCCCUGCUGACGCCUCAGUGUAUCCGUCUGAUGAGUGAUGAGGCCUCCACAGACGAGGACCGGCUGUGGCAGUCUCUGGGAGACCCAUGGAACAUCCCCAGCACCAAAUGGCCAGAAGACGAUGAGGACAUCCCAACAUACACUCUGGAGUUCUUUGACGGCUGGCAGCCCCCUGAACUCAAUGAACCUGUGAGCAGACAGGAGAGUCCACAACCAGCACCCAGCCAGACUUCAGCCAAGUGGACACCUUCACGCCCCCAACAAAAAGCACGCUCAGGUGAAUCAAAACUGCGUCCCAUGCGUGUUGUGUAUGACUUCAUUUCAAGAAACCACCGAGAGCUUACCGUCAGAACAGGAGAAAUAGUUGAGGUGCUGGACAAGUCGAGACAGUGGUGGAAAGUGAGGAACAGCAGCGGAGUGGAGGGCUUUGUACCCAAUAAUGUCCUGGAGGCUCAUGACGAGCAACUUGUCGAGCAAACUAGUGGUUCUCCUGUCCUAACGAAAAAGUCCAAGCCUGCAGAAGUGAAAGCCUGGCUCGAAGACAAGGGCUUUAGUAAAAUCACUGUACGCUGUCUGGGCGUGCUGAGCGGCCCUAUGCUGCUGGGGUUGACCAGAGAGGAGCUGAAGACGGUGUGUCCAGAGGAAGGGGGGCGAGUCUUCUUCCAGUUACAAGCAGUCAAGUCCGCCAUAGCUGCUGCCAUUUAAAUGGGACCAACAAUGCAGCAAGAGAACGUCACAGAGGAAGAUCAAGAACAUCAUCGUGGACCAAAACAAGUCACCAACAGCC